AUGGUGCCUUCAUUACCUGAUUUACCUCCCCAUCUCUCAUUCAUUUGCAUCAUGGCUAUCCUCAUCGUCUACCUAGUUUGCUGCUACCUAGUAAUCGAUUUCAUAAGCAGUCAAGACGAGGAAAGUCCACACCAGGAUUCAAUUUGCAGUAAUUCUUCCUAUUACUACAAUUUAUCUGUUGAGGAACUACAAGAGACCACUUGUUUGUACCGUGAAGUGGGACCAGGUCAUUCGAUAUGCGCCAUCUGCCUAGAAAACCUCCAGCAAGCCCAAGUGUGCCGGGUCUUGCCAGCCUGUCGCCAUGAGUUUCAUGCUCGUUGCAUCGACCAUUGGCUUUCCCAGAGCCUCACUUGUCCAAUUUGUCGAGCGCCUUUUAGGCUUCGGAUAGGUGUUUGUGGGUAA